CUUUGAAAAAUCAAUUUUAUUUUUGUAAUAAGAAAUCAAUCAUCCUUGAAAAAUGAUAUUAAACUUUCUCUAACUAUCUUCUUCUUCUUCUUUUUUACUCAUAUGAAUAUGUGUUUAUAACAGAUUUGAUAGGAUCAAUUUGUAAUGAGUUUUAUCUUCAAUGAUUUUAUUGUAUAUAGGAUAUGAAUUGAAAAUGUUGUGCGUGCUAAACGGACAGAAAUAGAGAUUUUUAAAUUUUCAUAUGGCGUACUAUUUGAAAAAGCGCCAUAUUUUUAAUGAUAACUCCCGUUUCUCUUUUUCUUUUUUUUUUUUUUUCUUUUUUGAGUAUUAAAUUGAAAAGAUGCUUCUUCUUCCUACUCUUCUGUUGUACAUGUUUUUUGUUAAUUUUUUUGUAAAAUGUCAAUUAAACAACAACAUAUCUAUUGAAUAUGAUGUUGAACAAUUAGAAUUGCAAAUAAUAAUUUACAAUGACUAUAUAGAAAAAUUCACUUGUAUCAUAGAUUUUUCAACAAAUUUAGUCUAUUUUUAUUAUGAAUUACUUUUUGGUUAUUAUAAUGAUAAGCAAGAAGAGAGUAUUAUAACAUUAUUUAUUGAACAAAAAUCAGCACGAAAUGAAUCAGUAUGUAUAAAAAAAAAUAUUUAAUGAAAAAACAUGCUAAAAGAAGAAGAAGAAGAAAAAUUAAAUAGUCAAAUGAGCAGUAUGUUACAACUAAUGAGAAAUAAGACGAUAUCUCUAAGGAAUAAUAGAACGACGACCUUUCUUUGAUACAACGAAUAAGUUAGUAGAAUUAUUUCUUAUCUAUCCUGCGGGUUUUUUUUCUUCUGUUUGAUUAAGACAAAAGGAUUAAAUAUAAAAUAACGACUCAAAACAAAUGAAUUAUAGAAAAUAUCUGUUUAUCUUCAGUACAAUGAGGUUUAAAUAAAUAAGUAUGGAAAUUAUAAUAACCAUCAAAAUAGUGACCUUAUACAAACUAUAUAAUGAAAAUUAAUAUUAACAGACUUCUUUAUUCGUUUAUGUAUAAUAGAAUUCGUAUUUAUCAUUAUUCUACUGAAAUUCUACACUAAAAAAUGUCAUGAUAUAAUUUUUCAAUGAACACAUUUUGCAUGUCAUAAAUUGGGGGAUGAAAUUUAUACAAUGUUUUAGUAUUCAUUUGAUGAUUAUUUUACGUUUUAUUUGACUCAGAACAAUUCAUGAAUCUGAUUCAUUCACAAUUUUUUCUAUUUCACAGAAAAUGAUGUUAAUAUAUAUAUAUAUAUAUAUAAAGAUAUAUAAAAAGUAUUUACUUUCUGAAUUGUGAAAGAUAGCAAUUAGAUAUAUAUGAAAAUUUAUUAGGAAAAAGUAUAGGUCUAACACCUUUCUACAAUUUUUGAUAGAGUUAGUCAAUGUGCAAUGAGUAUUAGAUUACAUGCGAAUACGGGAUGUUGUCAUUAGUAAAAUGUUUUGAUUUUUACGAGUAUUUUGUAUCAAUUCUAUAUUUCUGAAAGAAAUUAUGGUGAAGAGAAAAAAUGUUUGUUUUUCCAAAAUUAUGUUAUUAAACAAAAUUUUUUUUUUUUGCAAAUCAGAAAGUGAGAAAAACAAGAUUUUACAGCUUAGAGAGAAUAAAAAUAUGAAAAAAAAAUCAUCAUUUCUCUGAAUGAGAGAGAGGUCAUGAAGAACUUGAAGAUAUCUCAUUUUUGCAUAGGACAGUUUAAAGUAUAUUCUCAAAUCAUCUCAAAAAUGAACUCUCUUUUAAAAAUGAGAAGAGUGGUACUCUUAAUCAGUUGAAUGUAUAUCGUAUGAAGAUGUCAUUAAAACACCUUAUGUGAAUCAAAUAAAAAAUUCAUAUUAUACACCGAUGAGAAUUGUUUUUGGAUGAUUUACUAAUGAUAGAAAUGUUUUAUUAAAUUUGAAUAAAAGACAUGAAUGUAAGAAGAGAAUAUGAAUAAAAUUAUCUGAAAAAAUACAAUAAAACAAAGUAUAUUCGAUAUGAUCGAUGAGUAAGUGUUGUAUAAUAUGAGUAUGUCAAAUUAUUAGAAAGAUAUAGUGGAACUAAAUUGAAUUAUAAUUCGACAGGUGAUACAAAGAAAAUAUAAAAGUUAGUAUUUCGUCUAUUAAUUUAUGCUUCUGCAUGAGAUCUAAACUUUUUUAAAAGAUGUGUCUUCAUUAUAUCUGCAAACAAUUUAUGGACUCUUUUAUUGCAAAAGAUAAAAAAUAUGAAAAGUUCUAUGACAAGGUUCUCAGACCGUCAACGUUCUAUCUUUUUCGAAUUUUUAUCUGCAUUAAAACUACAUGCAUGAAAACUUUUUGGUGGUUUAAUUCUUUCCUCUCCCAGGAGAAUUCUGACUACACCAUCAUUUAUGACUCGUUCAAAGUUAAACAUGUUGAAUUCGUUUUCUCUUUGAUUUUGUAGAGAAAAUACCAUGUGUUACAUACUCAAUAAAUCCGAAAAGUUCACUAACUUUCGCUGUUCAAAUCUGUUUGGUUUUUUUUCAAAUCAAUUUUUGUUGUUUCUCAGACAAUUUCAGUGAAGUCACUCUUUGUACCGUAGAAAUAGACUCUAAGAAGAUGUAAGACGAAAGAGUACACGAGAGACAAUUUGAGAAAAUACCGUUUAUUAUGCGUCACUACUUUUAAAAUAUCUGAAUCAGAUGAAAAAAGUUGUUUGUAGAGAAAGACAUGGCGCAUCUUUUGAAAAGUUUAGAAGACGAGUAAUAGGUAAAACACUAAGUAGCCGAUCUCUGUGACAUCAAUUAGCUAAGAAAAUGAAAUCAAAGAUGGCACUGAUUUGUCUUCCAUUGAUAAUCACUGUUGAUACUGUGCAUUUAUUGAAAUGACAUUAAAGCAUUUCUAUAAAUAGAUGUAAAACAUUAGCCAACAUAGUGUUUCAUCAAGUGUAUGGAUAAAUGGACAUUGAUAUGAUCUCAGAAUAUAAUACGACAAAUCUUCUGAGAAGAUAGUUAAAAGUUCGUUUCCUUGUUACAUACAUUGAUGUAAUUUUCUUUUUUAUUGUUUAGACGCCCGUUUCGCAAAUCCACUACAUGUGACAUUCCUGAUAGUUCAGUAUUAAAACUUCACGAUUCAAGAUUAAGUACAUCUAAGUGUUAUCAAGAUUCACAAACACCAUCUCUCUCACCAAAAAAUGUUGUAUCAAUGAAUCGAAUUCGAAGUCAAACAAGACGUUUUUCAUUAGUAAAAAUUGAUCCACCUGAUGAUGAGAUUAAAAUCAAUAAACGCUCCGCAGACCAAGUUCCAUCGAGCCCAAAUUUAAUUCAAAAACUAUUAUUUCGACAAUUUAAUCCAAAAACAAGACCAUAUUCAAUGGCAGUCACUGAAGAAGAAGAUAGUUAG